AUGAGCAUUGAACAUUUUUCCCCGUUGGAUGGUCUUCAGAAGCGGACAGGCACCCGAUCUGACCUAAUGGGGCUGCAGCAUGAGAACGUAUCUGUGAUAAGUUUUGAUUCAAUUCAGACGACAGGGAGAUUAUUAGAUAAGUUGGACUUAAGUGCUGAGGAAGAACUGUUGUUGCAGAAAGCUUUGGAGGAAAGUGAUCAAGAGAAGCAACGCGAAGAGACAUCAAAAGUGAAUAGACAGAAACCAUCCGUAUGUCUUCCAGCAUCAGGUUUCCUUUCGUUGAGGCAUUCUUCAGGACACUCCGGUUUCAGUCACCGACGCAUCUCUAGUACCGGCUCGACACCAAUGAUUUCUGAAGAUACCAAGAGAGAAACUUCAAAGGCAAUAGCUGUAGAGAACAACGUGGCAGAUCUGAGAUAUUCUUAUAUAACAGUGGAGGAACAUGAUGACGACGAGGUACAAUCACAAGUGACUGAGUUAUCGGGAGCCAGUAAUGGUGUGGAAAAGGGGACUGUUACAUCUGCAUCGAAUGGUGUGAAGCCGAACACGUCAUCUGAUCAGCCAAUAAACAUAGAGAAGUUUCGCUUCAAGAAACAUGAACCAGUUCGAUAUAACGUUACCCCAGCGAUUACUGAUAUGAUGUUUUCUCCUUAUAAUAAAUACGAAUUUGGAACACCUGUAAACACCCCAUCACACACCCCCAAGACGAGCCUGUCUUCCAUUGUAUUAAACCAUCCCUCAACACAAUCAUCAUCCGAGAGUGAGCAAUCUAAUGGUCUAGUCAACGGGUUUCAAACACCAAAGAAGAGUACCGCGUCCAACUCAUUCCUUUCGUUCCCGUUCGAGGUUUCAACACCACCUAGCAAGGACUUUAAGAAAGGGCACCAAUCGAAGAAAUCAUCAUCAUUUUCAUUUAAGAAUUUGUUCAAAUCACCAAAGGUAAGUCAUCACCAACCUGAAACUCCAAUAAAUGAUUAUUCAUCGCCAAUGAGCAACAAGACGAUUGUGGAUACUCCUGGAAAAUCUACUUCCGUACCAAAUACACCGACAUCUAAGUUCAAGUUCCCACAUCAGCUCAAUCUUGGUGAAGAAAAUGAACGCUAUGACAAGGAAGAGAACACUGUCUCACUUUAUAAGGACAAGAAUGAAUCACAAACUACGAAUGUAAAUCAAAGCACCAAUCAUAAACGUAGUCUCUCCAAAGGAAGAGGAAUCUUUUCGCAUAUCACUCAUGCAAAUAAUCAAAGAUCUGAACCACAAACAUCAUCCUCUUCGAGCUCCAAACAGAGCUCAGGGUCUGCUUCGAGAUCACAACAUAGUUAUAAAAUGUUAUUGGAUCCAAGGCCAACGAUUUUACCAGUAACCACUUUAGGUGGUAGAAAACCUUCUACAACCUCUUCCUCGUCCAAUUCAUCUACUGCAUCUAGGAACGACCGUGAACCUGUCGUCCAACCAUCAUCUACAUCACAAGGUGAACUAGUGCAGAGAAAUAACUCUAACAAACGUCUCAUUGCAAAACAACGAAUCAAUAUUGCCAUUGAAUUAAGAAACAAAGGUGACCUGAAAGGGUCAACUGCACAUCUCAAAGAAGCGUGUAAAUUGGAGGACAGAACAGCUUUUUUGCUGUAUGGUCUUGCCUUAAGAUACGGGUCUGGUACCGAAAUCGAUUUACACGAAUCAUUUAACUGGAUUAGAGGUGCAACGGGUAUCAAGGAUUUCAAAACCAGCGUAUUACAUGCAAAUAUAGAUCCAUUUGAGAUACGUGAACCGCUUCCAUCUCUACAGAAUGACGCAGCUGCCCCCGCUCUGUACGAAUGUGGUAUAGCUUAUAUGAAGGGAUACGGUGUCACUGCUCAUGAAUGGAAGGGUCUGAAAUGUUUGGAAUAUGCAGCAUCGUUGGGACACGUUGAUUCUAUGUGUUUAUGCGGUACCAUUUGGUCAAAGACGACUCCAAAUAGGAAAAAAGAUUUAAGACGAGCAGCUAAAUGGUUCAGACUCGCAAAGGAUCAAGGAGCAGAUCUAAUUGGAGCAGACUGGAUCUAUAAAACGGACUAUCUAUAG